CUCGGUAGGCUCAAGUUGUAUAUAGGAUCGAUGGCGGAGUGGAUAAGGUGACACGUACGUACGUUGUGCUGUCUCUUGAGGUGGGACAGUGUGUUGUGGGGUCGGACCCUGGCAUGUCGCAGUUUCGUAAAUCGACCCCUGCAAUACAACUAGAUGAUUUUCAUGUUAGUGGGAUUUGCAGCAGCAAAACCUAAACCUGCUGCAAAACCUGGUAUCGGAGGACUUGGCCUUGGAAGCCUUGGUCUCGGCGGCUUCGGUCUCGGCGGCCUCGGUCUUGGCGGCCUCGGUCUUGGAGGUUUCGGUCUCGGCAACCUCGGUCUGGGAGGCCUUGGUGUCGGAGGCGGCGGCUAUGGUCUCGGAGGCGGCGGCUAUGGUUUCGGAGGCGGCGGCUAUGGUCUCGGCAGCAGUUAUGGCCUUGGAAGCGGAGGCUAUGGUUUGGGAGGCGGAGGCUUCGGUCAUGGAGGAGGCAGUUAUGGUCUCGGAGGUCUUGGUCUUGGAGGAGGUGGCUACGGUCUUGGAGGUUUUUAUGGAUAAGAUGCAAGACCUUCCAUAUCUAAUCAUUUCUCAAACACCUCUAUAGCUGUGAAAUAUAAAUGGUCCUCUAUAUUAUGUAUUACUAAAGUGCAGUAAAUGCCCUUUUUUUAAAUA